AUGGCCGAUUCGGACAACGACUCGGGCGGGAACAACGACGGCAGCCAAGCGCAGAGCGGGGAGCUGUCGGCGCGUGAGCAGGACCGAUUCCUGCCGAUCGCUAACGUGAGCCGGAUCAUGAAGAAGGCGCUGCCGGCGAACGCGAAGAUCUCGAAGGACGCGAAGGAGACGGUGCAGGAGUGCGUGUCGGAGUUUAUCAGCUUCGUCACCGGAGAGGCCUCCGACAAGUGCCAGAGGGAGAAGAGGAAGACGAUCAACGGCGACGAUUUGCUCUGGGCGAUGAUGACGCUAGGGUUCGAGGAGUACGUGGAGCCGCUCAAGGUUUAUCUGCAGAAGUAUCGGGAGCUGGAGGGCGAGAAGAUCACCAUGGGCGGCAGAGACAAGGAUAGUGCCGGCGGCGGCGGUGGGGGGGCUUCCGGUGGAGGUGUAAGCUCUGGGUCAAGCGGCGGCGGUGGUGGGUAUAAUGGGGUUUAUGGUGGAAUGGUGAUGAUGGGUAAUCAUCAUCAUCAUCAGGGACACGUGUACGGUUCUGGUGGUGGGUAUCAACAACAUCAUAUGGGUAUGGGAAGUGGCGGAGUUAGGGUUGGGAAUAGUGGAGGUUCAGGUGGUGGUGGUGGAAAUGGUGGAGCUUCAGUUGUGAGGUGA